CAUAUGUUACUACCACUAUGAGCAUAGUACAACGUGGGGUGUGAAAGUAGCAACACACACACACACACGAUGAGAGGAAGAAGAAGAGAGAGAGCUGAGAAAACGUUUAAAACGACACACAGAUUCAGAAUUCAAUGAAAUUGAAUUGAAGAUCCAUCUUCAUAGUCAACUUGGUCUCACUCUCCCAACGCCAAAUUACCCUUUUGCCCUUCGCUCUUUGCCUUCUUUUCCUUUGACUCGGCCCUCUCUCUACGCCGCAAUGGACGCCGGCGAAGCCCUCUCCGACGAUCCGAAUGGGUCCAGGCCCAAUUCCGCCGCCGACGGAGCUCCGGCCACCGGCGGGGCGAGGUACAAGCUCAUGUCGCCGGCCAAGCUCCCGAUCUCGCGGUCGCCGUGCGUCACGAUUCCGCCGGGGCUCAGUCCGACGUCGUUUCUGGAGUCGCCGGUGCUGCUCUCCAACAUGAAGGUGGAACCUUCACCGACUACAGGAUCCCUUUCUAUGCUUCAUCAAACUGCACAUGGUUCCGUGACUUCUGCUGCAUCUGCUACAUUUCCUGUAACCACUGCAUGCUUCAAUAGCAAUACUGUUGAUGACAGAAAACCCAGCUUCUUUGAGUUUAAACCACACAGUAGAUCAAAUAUGGUUCCUGCAGACUCUGACAACCAUGCAAGUGAAAAAUCUACUCAAAUAGAUGGUCAAGGAAAAACUCAAGCUUUUGACUCAUCACCAUUUGUAAAAAAUGAGAUAGCAGACCCUUCAAAUGAAUUAAGUCUAUCAUCACCAGUUCAAAUGGUUAGCUCAGGAGCUGGUGCACGUGUUGAAGGUGAUUUGGAUGAAUUGAACCCUAGGAGCAACAUAGCAACUGGGCUUCAAGCAUCACAAGUUGACAAUAGGGGUAGUGGACUUUCAGCUGCAGCUGAUAGAGUAUCUGAUGAUGGAUAUAACUGGAGAAAAUAUGGGCAAAAACAUGUUAAAGGAAGUGAAUUUCCACGCAGUUAUUACAAAUGUACUCAUCCUAACUGUGAAGUUAAGAAACUAUUUGAACGCUCUCACGAUGGGCAAAUCACCGAAAUCAUUUAUAAGGGGACACAUGAUCAUCCUAAACCUCAACCUAACCGCCGUUACUCUUCUGGAACUAUGAUGUCUAUGCAAGAAGAGAGAUCUGAGAAAGCUUUGACUGGCCGAGAUGACAAAGGAUCCAAUAUAUGUGGCCAGAUGUCUCACCCAGCUGAUCCUGACAGUACUCCAGAGCUAUCCCCUGUAGCAACAAAUGAUGGUGAUCUAGAGGGUACAGGGUUUUUGUCAAACCGGAAUACUGAUGAGGUUGAUGAUGAUGAUCCCUUCUCAAAGCGAAGAAAAAUGGACCUUGGAAAUGCUGACAUCACUCCUGUGGUUAAGCCUAUCCGGGAGCCACGGGUUGUUGUGCAAACACUAAGUGAGGUUGAUAUAUUGGAUGAUGGUUACCGCUGGCGCAAGUAUGGGCAGAAGGUGGUGAGAGGCAAUCCUAACCCUAGGAGUUAUUACAAAUGCACGAACUCAGGUUGCCCCGUCAGAAAACAUGUGGAGAGGGCAUCUCAUGAUCCAAAAGCUGUAAUUACCACAUAUGAGGGGAAACACAAUCAUGAUGUACCAACUGCAAGGAAUAGUUGCCAUGACAUGGCAAGACCAGCAAGUGCAGGUGGACAGACAAGAACCAGGCCAGAAGAAAGUGAUACCAUCAGCCUUGACCUUGGGAUGGGAAUCAGUCCAACUGCAGAAAACACAUCAAACAACCAAGGCAGAAUGAUGCUUUCUGAAUUUGGGGGCAACCAAACUCACCCCAGCAAUUCCAAUUUCAAGUUUGUUCAUACUACUACGGCGCCGGCAUACUUUGGUGUUCUAAGUAACAACUCUAAUCCAUAUGGUUCUAGAGAAAAUACAAGUGAUAGUCCAUCUUUAAACCAUUCUGCUUAUCCUUGCCCGCAGAACAUGGGGAGAAUACUAAUGGGUCCUUAAAAUUGUUUGCACAUCACAAAUAAAAUGAGUUACAUUUUGCCUUUUCUUUUUUGGCGGGUAAAGCUUUAAAGGCAUAGCUCCUCAUUUUCUCUUUGGAAAUGCUGAUAGUUUAUGUUCAUAUCCUUGUAUGAUGGGAGCUGCUCUUUGGUAGAAUUAGUAGUAGCUGUGUCCCUUCAGGUUGACUCUCAAGGCUAAUCGCUGUUUGUAAAAUUAUAUACAGAUUCUUCUGUACAAAUAUGAAGCUUAUAUCAAAGUUGCUUCAACAAAAACCCUUGUAAAAGUGUCUGGAUUCAAGUAUUUAUAAGUAGCUUCUAGCCUGUUCCUGAACCCUUGGAUUUUAUUCCAUAGGAUUACUGUAAAUUCAUGAUAGCCAAGUUCCUCAGCCUUGGUUACUAGGCAAACAUACUCUGCAUGUACACGUUUGAUUUAUUGGGUUUGAUAUUAGUGAAAUUGGAAGGCAAGAGUUAACACUGAA